UCUCGCCCAGCCACCUUGUGCUAAAACCUCAAAAUCAAAAACCCUAAUUUCUAAUGAAUGGAAGCCAAAUUAGGGCUUUACCGAACAGAUGGGGAAGAUAUAAUUACACAUGAAAAACACAAAGAGAAGAUUCUUAAGCUCAAAAGAAGGUGGUUAUUAGGACUGCCUUUUUCAAAAUCUGAAGACAAAAUUUUUCAUAAAUAUGUUGUUUCCAGGUUUGUGCCUGAAUCUUUGCAAAGGGAUGAUGAUAUAUUCCAUGAGAAAGUAAAAGAGUAUGUUGAAGAAGCUUUUGGCGCAUGUAAUGCUAAAAGAGAGGCUCAUAUUGCUCCAGACUCUAAACUUUUAUUUGACAGAACCAAAAUGAAAAGAAUGCUCUUAUCACGCUUGGAUGCUCUGAAUAAUAAAGGGCUUCACCUUAUUGCUGCAUUACUUACAGGAGGUGCAGUCAAUUUUGAAACCACUCAUAAAAAAAUGAAAGAGGUGAUUAAACAAUCAAGAUUUCUUAGGGAUCCAAAUUGCGAUCAUGACCAAACAGAAAUUUUGAUGCUGCUGUAUCAACUAAUCAAUAGCCCGCAAAAUUUUAGAGAGAAUUGUUUGGCAUUGGUGAAUUCCACAUUUCAAUCUCAUCAUUCUGCAGCUAUUCAAGUACUGGAUGCACUAGACGACUUACCAACUGAAGCCCUGCUUGCUAUGCGCAGAAAACUUAGUGGUGUCCCAGCAAGCAUUCCCCGUUUACUGAAGAAGAAAUACAAUCGUUGUCGAGAUAGUGUGAUUCAUUACAUAAGGAAGACUAGUGAGAAAAUGCUUUCAGAAAUUGGCGGAGGGGAUGAGCUGCAGGAACCACUAGCCAAAGCACUAGGGAUUGCAGGUUUAUCUGUAAAGCUAACAUCAGGCUCUUUAAAUUCCUCUUUGAACGACUUCUGUCAAUUCUCUCCAGAAAUAAAAGUCUUGCAGAAUGAGAUAUUGAAGGCUCUCUGGUUACUAGGAAUGAAGAAGCUUAAAUUACCAGAGGUGCAAACCUUGCAGCUUCUGCUGGACCCAAAGGCUGAUGUACCAAAAGGAAGUCUGCGAACAGCAAUGAAUAAAUUGUUAACAGAAUAUCUUUUCGAGUGCAGUGAGUUUAGUACUGUUCCUAAACCUUUGACAGAAGCUCUUGCUAUUAUCAACAGGAGUUCUUGCAAAACCCGGAGUGGAUGCUACCCGAAGGAGCAAAUUGAAGAAGAGGUGGAAUGCAUUUUAGGUUUAAGUUCUGAGAUAAAGCAGGUGGUUUGGGAUGUUUUUCCUCAUCAUGAAUUUGACGAGGAUUUUGCUGAUGCUUAUGUGGAAGAGUCAGAAGAAAGUGAUGGUGGAGAUGAUGAUUUUGUCUCUGAUCAUAACAAUCUUGGUGAAGGUAAAUCAUAUUCAAUUGAUUGGAAUUACCAAGAAGAGAGUUGUGGGGAGCAUAUACCAAUGGACUCCUUGCCACCUAUCUCAAACCCUGACACAAGUUGUGGUCCUACUGUGUUCCAUGAAACAAGAAAUCAUAAUGUGGAUGUCAGUAAGUUGAGCAUAGCAACAUUUGGGACAUCUAGUGUAAAUGAAGAUGACUUGUCCGUGCACCAUUCUCCAAAUGGAAAUUCAAAAGUCCAUUAUUCAAUUAGAAAUGAACCUGAAAAGGGUGCCACAAUUGAUCCAGGAAACUCUCAGGAUGUAUCACCACCUUCUACCUUCUGCUUGAAAGGGAAAAACAUAAGUGGUAACCUAUACCUUGGCAUCCAAGAGAUCUGUGAUGAGACGAGUAUGGUUGCUUACAAUCUCAUUGGUUACUUAAUGGAGGGGCUGGCACGGAAAGAGGGCUUGGAUUUAGAUUGGGGAGAUAUUUCUUAUCUCAGAGGUGAUAAGUCAAGCAAAGAAAAUCAAGAAGAAAGAAAGAAAUCUUCUGAGAAUAAUGUGGCUGGUUCAGAUAUUGCUCAAGUUGUUGAAGAGUUACUACCUUUCCUCCCGAAGAGUGAGAGCACAAGGUUAAAGGAGUUGAUGGCCACAUAGCAGAACUCUUCAAGAUUUUCAUGGAACAUUUCAGAGCAUUCCAACAACAAAAGAAAAAAAUAUAAGCAGCUUGGUUUGUCAUUCAAGCUUGCAAUUUUAAGAUUUUCUCCAUUCUUCCCGAUGUUUAGCAAUGAGUUGUGAGCUGCCAAGGAAAGCCAUUUUGGACGGCAACAAAGAUGGUUAACACCCUCAUCAAUUACGACUGGUCAUUAUACAGAGUUGCGACAGGAUUGUAAUCGUCUGUUCUAACAGCCAUGUUUUGUGAUCAAGGUUAGCUAUAUGUAUCUUACCCGCCCCCCCAUCCAAAAAGGGUUUUGGACAAGCUUACUCGAAGACAGCAACUUCAUGGUCAAUUUUGACCAGAGUUAAGUGAAGCUGUUACAUUUAAAAUCACACGAUGUAACAACCAUUUGCUGUUCGUUGACCUGGAACAGCAAUAAUUUUGCCUCAACAUGAAUACUUUGACAUUGCAGUCAAGUUAUGAGAA